CAGACAGAAAGAAAGAUCUAAGUAAGAUGAAGAGCCUCCUGGACAUCCUCACUGACCCUAAUAAGCGAUGCUCUUUGGCAACUCUCCAAAAGUGUGAAAUUGCUUUGGAAAAACUCAAGAAUGACAUGGCUGUGCCCACACCACCACCUCCACCGAUGACCAUCACAAAGCAGCAGUACCUGUGCCAGCCCCUCCUUGAUGCUGUCCUGGCCAACAUCCGCUCCCCAGUCUUCAACCAUUCCCUACAGCGAACCUUCGGGCCUGCCAUGACUGCCAUCCAUGGACCACCAAUCACGUAUGUACCAUAAUGUCUCAUCCCUUUG